UCGAGCUAUCAAGACAAACCAGGACCUUCUGCCUGAGACGCCCUGGACCCAUAUCUUCUACAAUGACUUCUGGGGGACACUGCUCACUCACAGUGGGAGCCACAAGUCCUACAGACCUCUCUGCACGCUGUCCUUCCGCAUUAACCAUGCUGUUGGAGGGAUGGACCCAUGGGGCUACCACCUUGUAAACGUCCUAUUACAUGCUGCAGUCACAGGCCUUUUCACAAACUUCUCCAGGAUCCUGUUUGGAGAUGGGUACUGGACCCUGAUAGCAGGCCUGCUGUUUGCAUCUCAUCCGAUCCACACGGAGGCUGUAGCGGGGAUUGUAGGGAGGGCAGACAUUGGAGCCUGCCUCUUCUUUCUGCUUUCCCUGAUGUGUUAUGUGAAGCACUGCUCUACCAGAGGCUCCUCACCGAGUACUUGGGGCUGGAUCUUGGGAGCGGGGCUGUGUGCAGGGUGCAGCAUGCUGUGGAAGGAGCAAGGAGUGACUGUUCUGGCCAUUUCAGCGGUGUAUGAUAUCUUUGUAUUCCAUUCUUUAAAGCGUGGUCAGUUCCUUUCUGUGACAUUUCAGAGAAAGAAUUUGACCCUCUUCUUCAGUAUUGGUUUAUUGACCUCCUGGGGGACUGCGCUGCUGGGUGUCCGGUUAUAUUGGAUGGGCAACAAGCCCCCAAGUUUUUCUAAUUCUGACAAUCCAGCAGCUGACUCUGACAGCUUUCUCACGCGUACGCUGACCUUCUUUUACCUGCCAACUAAGAACCUCUGGCUGUUGCUGUGCCCAGAUACCCUCAGCUUCGACUGGUCUAUGGAUGCUGUGCCUCUUCUGAAAGCAGUCAGUGACUGGAGGAAUCUACACACUGUGGCCUUCUAUGCUGGACUCCUCCUCCUUGCCUACUUUAGUUUGAAGGGCUGCAGCAAUGAGAAAGAAUGCAAUGGGAAAACUGUAAUGAAUGGCAAGCAGAAUGCUAAUGGGCACAGCUGCCACUCAGAGGUGGAGUACAAGUCACUGGAGGUGAAGUCAAGCUUUGCAUCAAAAGAAGAGAAUGGUAUUAAAAAGCAUGAAAUGCAGAAACUGCAGCUUCCUUCAACUGAGAACAUUGUCAUUCUGUCUCUGUCUUUGUUAAUAGUCCCCUUUGUUCCUGCCACAAACCUAUUUUUCUAUGUUGGCUUUGUAAUAGCAGAGCGUGUGCUGUAUGUUCCUAGUAUGGGCUUCUGCCUGCUGGUUACAGUAGGUGUCAGGGCCCUUUAUGUCAAAGCCCAAAAGCGCUUUCUGAAGAACUUGGUUUUUUGUUCCACUGCUGCAUUAAUUGUUUUCUAUGGACUCAAGACUGUUGUCAGGAAUGGGGACUGGCAGAAUGAGGAGAUGCUGUACAGGUCAGGGAUAAAAGUAAACCCUGCUAAAGCAUGGGGUAACCUUGGAAAUGUUCUCAAGAGCCAGAGCAAGAUUUCUGAAGCUGAAAGCGCCUAUAGAAAUGCCUUGUACUACCGCAGCAACAUGGCUGAUAUGCUUUAUAAUUUAGGAUUACUACUUCAGGAAAACAGCAGGUUUUCAGAGGCAUUGCAUUACUAUAAACUGGCAAUUGGUAGCAGACCCACACUAGCUUCUGCCUAUUUAAAUACUGGUAUCAUCCUGAUGAACCAAGGGAAGACAGAGGAAGCCAGGAGGACAUUCCUGAAGUGUUCGGAGAUCCCUGAUGAAAAUUUGAAAGACCCUCAUGCUCAUAAAAGCUCUGUUACUAGCUGUCUUUAUAACUUAGGAAAACUUUAUCAUGAACAAGGACACUAUGAGGAUGCCCUUAUGGUUUACAAAGAAGCAAUACAGAAAAUGCCAAGACAGUUUGCACCACAGAGCUUAUACAACAUGAUGGGAGAAGCCUAUAUGAGAAUGAGCCGGCUGCCAGAAGCAGAGCGCUGGUACGUGGAGUCACUGCGAUCCAAGAGCGACCACAUCCCAGCCCAUCUCACCUAUGGAAAACUGCUGGCUCUGACGGGACGCAAGAGUGAGGCAGAAAAGUACUUCGUGAAGGCUAUUCAGCUGGAUCCUACCAAAGGAAACUGCUACAUGCAUUAUGGUCAGUUCCUCCUAGAAGAAUCCCGCCUGAUAGAAGCAGCUGAGAUGGCAAAAAAAGCAGCUGAACUUGAUAAUACAGAAUUUGAUGUUGUUUUCAAUGCAGCCCAUAUGCUCAGACAAGCCAGUCUCAAUGAAGAAGCUGAGAGGUAUUACGAAAUGGCAGCAGGAUUGAGACCUAAUUAUCCAGCUGCCCUAAUGAAUCUUGGAGCCAUUCUCCAUCUGAAUGGUAAACUGAAAGAGGCUGAAGAAAACUACCUCCUUGCUCUUCAACUUAAACCUGAUGAUGUCAUCACUCAGUCCAAUCUUCGCAAAUUGUGGAAUAUCAUGGAGAAACAAGGUUUGAAGACAUCCAAAACAUGA